CAAAAAGAGGACCAGGGUCUUGUUUCGACUUCAAUAUCAACCCUGGUAAAAGUACUAGAGUCAACCAAUACUCAACAGCCAACAAAGGAUGGCGAAUAAUCAAGCCGGGGAACAAAACGGGACAGGAACCAUCCAACACCAAAAAAGCAGAGGCGAGGGUCUGAAAAGCGAAGCAGAGGAGCAUCAACAAGACAACGACUACGAUGUUGCGAACGCGGAGGUGGAGCACAUCCUCGGCACCACAAAACCGAAACACAUCGGCGAGGGGUUGUCGAGCGGCAUUGGAUACGUUCUCCGCGGCGCGGUCGGUGCAUGUGGAGCGCUAGUGGUAUGUUAAGUGAAUGCAAUGCGUUGGGUUUGAGUGGAGAGUUGGCUUGUGGUUUUGGGUCGUUGGCUUGCCUUGCCUUUGUGCACAGAUAUUGUUAUCGAUACAUCACGACACGAUGUGAAUCAAGGCACAUUUCUUGAGCCAUGCUUAUCCCUAAAUGUUCAAUUGCUCAUGCUACAUUUCAUUUACAUCUGGCACGCGUGUAUUUGAAUACUUUUUUCUGCUCUUGAUAUUCGAACUUGCCCGACUCAUUUUCGUGCGGGCGUUUGGAUUUGGUUCACUUUUUGUCCGAAUUGGGAAAAUCGGGGGGGAAACGUAAUAGCUCGUGCCAGCGGUGGCGGGACAAGAAGGGAAGAAGGAAGCUGGGAUCAUCGGCGGAAUAGCCGGUGCCUCUGGAGGCAUCGUGUCCGGCGUAGUCCAGAGCGUGAAUGUUUUGGGGGGAGGCCUCGUCACAGGUGUUUCACAAAUUGCGAUGGGUGUGGCAGCAACGCCGAGCGCUGUUAUUGCACCAUCCCGGAGAUUUUGGUGGAAUGGUGCAUUGGGGAAAUGGGUGCAGACUUAUCUUCUGGAGGAAGAACGGUGGAUCAAGGGGGAACCAGCGUACGACGAGGACAUAUUGGGAGAAAUGGCGCUUCCCGAGGACGUAAGACCCUCAAGCAACAGAAACAUCAAUGGGGACGAGAACCAACGCAAGGUUGUGAAGGAUAUGUAUUAUUACGACAAACUUGGGCUGGAUUGCGACGUGGAUCAGGAUACCAUCAAGCGACGGUAUUUCAUUGUGGCACGCAAGUACGCUCCGGAUCGAUGCGGGGCAAACACUGCCGAAGCACAGGGAGAAUUCGAUGAGAUUGGCCGCGCCUACGCUGUUCUGAUGAAUGCUGCCUUGCGAGCAAAAUACGACAGGGUAGGGAGAGAAUUAUUGUGKGACGAAGACAGCGACGACGAAAACGAAGAACCGGUCGAUCCUAUGGUGCUUUACAGCGUAUUGUUUGGCUCCGAAAAAUUUAACGACCACAUUGGCAGGCUAGCGGCGGUGACAUCGACGCGUGUUGGUUGCGAGGUAGAAUCCAAGCUUUCCCUGGCCCAGUCGAGGCUUUUGCAAAAGCGAAGGGUGACUCGACUGGCACUUAAGCUUGCCGAACGACUUUCGAUCUGGGCAGAAGACAACGAGCACGAUACCGCCAUAAAAAACUGGGAAGAAGAAGCAACGUUUUUGUGCGAUGCGAGUUACGGACCAAAGUUGGUACACGUCAUUGGAAAGGUAAGACAUUUGUCCAUUCCGUUCGUUUUCCAUUGCGUUGCAUCUCAGGGGGACUGUAAAGUCACGUAGACGAGUUUGGUUCUUCGGGCUAACCAAUGGUUCAUUCCCUCUCUAACAUGUACGAAUUCGAAUGAGAACAGGUUUAUACCUUCACUGCAAUCCACUUCCUUGGCUCAAUGAAAUCUGGAAUAGGCAUGCCCUCUGUGAGCAGAUGGGCUAAGAAACAGAACGAGAUGAUGAAAUUGGGCACCAUGGAAGUAAUAAAGAAAACCUGCCAAAUUGGAGGGAAAACGGAGAACAGGGAGCUGCACAUGCAAGUCAGUACUGCUAUUGAAAAAAGUGCCGGCGACGAAGAGCUCGAAGAUCUGGCAAUGGAUGCACUUAAACGAUCGCAUCUCCAACAAACAGCCAUGGAGCUCCUUUGGCAGCAAACGGUUGUGGAUAUUACGAGCACAGUUAAGGAAGCCGCCCAGAUGGUAUUGAACGAUCUUAGUGUCUCACCGGAGGUGCGAAAGGCACGCGCAGAGGGCCUCGAGGUUUGCGGGGGCAUCUUUGAAAGAGCGGAACGAAAUAACAGCAGCGAUUCUUGCACCUACGACGAAAAAGAUUUGGAGCAAGUGGCGUUCCACGCAAUGCUGAAAACGGUGUGGAUGCAGGAAGCAGCCGCAACAAAGAGGAAGUGAAGCACUGCAUUAAUUUUAAAAACCACGAAUCGGUGGUGGAUUAAUCAAGAAUUUCGAUUGCCUCGACAACAUGUGUGAGACAGUCUAGAAAUAGAUUCAUUGGUAACGACUCCGCCAUCUUCAUAUCGUGAAAGACUACGGCGAUCCAAAACAUGAGAUUACAAUACCUGGUGGUUCCAAUCGUGUUCUCUCAAAAGAAGGCAGAUAUUUUUUCUGAUUGAAAACGAUGCACUUUCUUGUUUUGGUUACGAAGAUGUAGACGUUCAGGUUGAUUUCGAUAAUGGAGCGUUUGUUUCGGAAAUGAUCAAAUAUACUCUUAACCUCUCAUUAUGUUCCUGAAGUGCUUCAAUCUUGGGAAACUUUGCUAGCUCUAGCGGAGAGUAAUCCUUCUUCCUACUGCAAGAAUCACCGGUAGAUGUUAUGCCGUUCAAUUCGUUUACCAAUUUAUUUUCUGGCUUCUUACAGUCACAAUAAAGGAGCAUAGAAGUCUUCCUAAUUGAGUUCUACCGCUGCAAUUUAGGAUUGGUACUGCUUCCAGCAUACUUUCUAUUUUCAAAAAUCGCUACAAUGCCUUGUGUUUUCUGCACAUGCUCAGCUCUUAUGAACACAUGCU